GAUUUUUUUUUUAGGGAAAGCUCGGGAGCUUGGUUCAAAUCGGACAAUAUCAUACCAGAACGGUCGAACAAACAUGAGCCAAGAAAGACUCUAUAUAUAAUAAGUUGGGCAAAGCUAGGUACAAGUACUAGGCUUUACUAGGAAAGAGUAAAACACAUAAUGGCUUCUAAACCUGGUAUUCUCACAGAAUGGCCAUGGACAAACCUUGGCAAGUUUAAGUACUUGGUAUUGGCACCAUUUGUUGUUCAUAGCAUAUACUCAUACAUGAAGGAUGGGGAUCUUGGAUAUGUGAUCAUACUUCCAUAUCUAGUCUUUAGAUUUGUCCAUAACCAGAUAUGGAUAUCGCUAGCGCGCUACAGAACUGCUAAGGGUGAUAAUCGGAUUGUUGAGAGAAGCAUUGAAUUCGAUCAAGUCGACAGAGAAAGUAACUGGGAUGAUCAAAUCAUAUUUAACGGGCUAUUGUACUAUAUCGGAUACCUGAGGAUGGAGCAAGUUCAUAACUUGCCGCUGUGGCGGACUGAUGGGAUGAUUAUAGUUGCAUUGAUGCAUAUUGGUCCUGUUGAGUUUGUCUAUUACUGGUUUCACAGAGCUCUGCAUCACCAUUUUCUCUAUUCGCGUUAUCAUUCUCAUCACCACUCGUCCAUCGUUACUGAGCCCAUCACAGCAUUUGUUCAUCCGUUUGCUGAGAUCAUAGCGUAUUAUGGCAUCUUUGCUAUUCCAGCAGUCGCAACAGCACUCACCGGGACUAGUUCGAUAGCUUCAUUUGCACUUUAUGUCAUCUUUACCGAUUUCAUGAACAACAUCGGCCAUUGCAACUUUGAGGUCAUUCCUAAGUGGAUAUUCUCGAUCUUUCCACCUCUCAAGUACUUGAUAUAUACGUCCUCGUUCCACUCACUACAUCAUACUCAAUUCAGAACAAAUUAUUCUCUGUUCAUGCCAUUAUAUGACUUCGUAUUUGGUACAAUGGACAAGUCGUCAGACACACUGUACGAAAAGUCACUUGCGAAAAAAGCUGAAGUGCCUGAUGUGGUGCACCUUACACACCUAACAACCCUACAAUCCAUCUAUCAUCUCCGACUUGGGUUCUCAUCUUGGGCCUCGAAGCCUCACACCACAACCUCUAAGUGGUAUUUGUUGUUAAUGUGGCCUGUCACGCUAUGGUCAAUAAUGAUCACUUGGAUUUAUAGUCACACAUUUGUUGUCGAGAGGAAUUUGUUCAAGGAUCUCAAAUUGCAAACUUGGGCUAUUCCAAAGUUUCGCAGACAAUACUUUAGCCAGUGGCAAAAAAAGAGUAUUAAUAAAUUGAUCGAGGGAGCCAUCAUGGAAGCAGAUCGGAAAGGCAUAAAGGUUUUGAGCCUCGGUCUCUUAAAUCAGGAAGAGAAAUUGAAUAGCAAUGGUGAAGCUUACACAAGGAAGCAUCCCGAGCUGAAAGUGAAAGUGGUAGACGGAAGCAGCCUAGUUGUUGCCGUGGUUCUCAACUCCAUUCCUAAAGGAACUUCCCAAGUAGUACUUCAAGCCCGUAGUUUGUCUAAAGUUGUUUGCUCUAUUGCCCUUGCCUUGUGCCAACGAGGAAUUAAGGUUGUCACAUUAGACGAAGAAGUGUAUAAGAGACUUAAAGAGAGGUUUACACCCGAGGAUGCAACUAACUUGGUCUUGUCGGGAAGCACUGGUGUUUCAAAGACGUGGCUAGUAGACGAUGGAUUGAGUGAAGCUGAACAAUUGAAAGCACCAAAAGGAACAUUGUUUAUUCCUUACUCGCCAUUCCCACCAAAGAAAGCUCGCAAGGAUUGCUUCUACUUCAACACACCAGCCAUGAUUAGCCCAAAACAUCUUCAAAAUGUCGACUCUUGUGAGAAUUGGCUGCCAAGAAGAGUGAUGAGCGCAUGGAGAAUAGCUGGAAUUUUGCACGCUAUUGAAGGCUGGAACGAGCACGAGUGUGGUAACAUGAUGUUUGAUGUUGACAAAGUAUGGAAAGCUAGUCUUGAUCAUGGUUUUUCCCCAUUAACCAUGUCGUCUGCUAUUGAAUCCAAGACCUAGAAAUAUUAGAUUGUUUCUAUGAAGAUCAUAUCUUGUAUGUGGUGACCUAAAAGUUUGUAAAAAUUAAUCAUCAUUUACUAGUUUGUUCUCAAUGUUACAGAGAUAAUGGUCAAUAAAACACCUAAAGUGUCUCUUUUUUGUUAGUUAA